GCUUUGUAUAGCUCUAUAGCACCGAAAGGGACGUUUUUGUUUUGGACUUUGUCGUUUGCGAACAGGCAACGUUAUCCUUAGAUAGCUGACGGUUUUCUUCACUAAAAGUAGAGUGACCAUAAUCUGAAGGACUUAAGAUCUAAAAGAACUUUCGUUUUAGCUUUUGGAACCAUUUGAAGCAGCUCCUCUACAAAAUGCAGAACCUUGAUUUAGUCAAUCGAGACCCUAACAACAUCAACGAUCACAUCGGGGUCCAAUUUGAAGACGUUAUAGCCGAACCUGAUGGAGCUCACAGUUUCGAAUGUUGCUGGACCUGCACAAGAUUGUGUUUUAACUGCAGUAAAAAUUGCUGCUACAAGUUCCUUACGUUGAUCUGUGCGUUACCAUUUUCGCUAUGCUGGGGAUGUAUGUUUGCUGUUAUUACCUUCGAGCACGUCUGGCACAUUACUCCUUGCCUCCGCAACUGGAUGAUCAACAUGGGUUGUCUCCAGAAGUUCUUUGGUACCUACGUUAACUGCUGCUUGGCUCCCAUCUGUGAAGCUAUCGGCUUGGCUUGCAGUACUAUUAUAGUUCGUCAUGUGAACGAACCGGGGGACAUUUCUAGAAAAGGAUAA